GGACUCUCGCUCCCUUAAACAUACCUUUACCGGCCUCUUCCCGCGGUCACCGAUCGCCGAUCACCGAGUACGAUAUCCAUAGGAAGUCACAUGGGCAAAACAAGUCUCAAAACAUGGACAAAAGUGAAGCUUUUAAGCAAAUAAUCCGAGAAAACAGGUAUCCACCAGAAUAUAUCAAGAAUUUGUUGGCAUGUCUUGAAGUCUCCAUAAACUACGGAAGUGGGCUUAAUCAGCAAACAGCUCUUCAUAUUGCGGCUAGACAAGGAGAUGUGGACAUGAUGAAGAUGCUGAUUUCUCAGGGGGCCUAUGUAAAUCAAGGAACAGUUGACCUCAUGACCCCUCUGCAUGAGGCCUGUCUGAAUGGUCAUACAGAGGCUGUCAAUUUACUAAUUGCUGAAGGAGCUGAUACAGAUGCACGAAAUAUAGAUGGAAGUACUCCAUUGUGUUUUGCUUGUGCCAAGGGCUCAGUUAUGUGCACUCGUCUUUUGAUAGAAUGUGGGGCUGAAGUUAACCCAUCACUGACUGUGACAUUUCCACCCCUUCACGAAGCAGCUUUAAAUGGACACAUCCCAUGCUUGGAAAUAUUGAUUGAAAAGGGUGCAGACCUGGAGAAAAAUGAAAACCAGUUUGGUACAGCUCUGCAUGUUGCCUGUCUGCGGGGUCAUGUUGAAUGCGUGAUAGUUUUACUUCAGGCUGGGGCAAACCCAAAUUCCAUCAAAAGGCAUCAAGCCCCCUUGCACACCACUGCAAUGAAUGGAGACGAGGUCUGUACAGCUCUCCUCCUUGAGUAUGGAGCUAAUGUUUAUCUGAGAGACCAGCAGAGUAAGAAACCUGUUGACUUAACUACUAAUGCAGUCUGCAAAGAGAUGCUUCUUGAAGCUGAAACUCCGCCCGAACUUCUUGAAAGCUGCCGUCGUCUCAUCAGGCAACAGCUGUCAUGCCAUCCUAGAGACAAGAUUCCAGUUCUACCCCUCCCUCAAAACCUCAAGGAUUACCUAAACCACUAUAACUAUUGCACGGAGCACUACUAAGUACAGCAGUGAUGUCUUAUUCACCUUGCAAAAUGUGUCUUUUAACUUGAAAAGGCAUUUUUUGAUAGCUCAUCCUCUAAUUUUUGGAAGGUGUUAUAAGGAUCAGUGAAAGGGUCACCUAAACCACCAUAACUACUGCAAAAUGGACCACUGUAUACAGCAGUGAUGUCUUAGUUUAUCGUGAGCAAUGCCACUUUUAAGUUGUAAAGGGGAUUUUUUGAUAGAUUGUUUUCUAAUUUUUAGAAGGCAAGGAUCAGUGAAAGAGGGCAUGUACUAAAACCAGGAACACCGGAACAUCCCGGAACAUCACAGAACCCCAGAACAGCCGAAACACCUCUGAACACUGAAUUUGACGGUGUUGUUUUAUUUUCCCAUUACAGAUCGUGUAAAAAAUAAAAUGUAAAUGUAAUUUGUUUACCCUCGUAUAACGAAAGAGCCUAGAGCUUGUUAUAAAGUGUAUGUGUAUGACAUCAAAAUUGAAUUUAGAAGUGUUGGUUUUUGUGGAGGGAGGAAAACCGGAGAACCUAGAGAAAAACAAACAACAAACUCUACCUUCAAAUGAUGGUGGGUCCGGGAAGCGAACCCGGGUCACAUUGGGUGGAGGCGAGUGCCAUUUCACCACUGCAGCGCCCCCUAUGUGAUCAUAGUCUUGAGAAAUUUUCAGAUAGUCGUGUGAAUACAAAUAGAUUUUUUUUUCCAGAGAAUAUCACGCGGUCUGUAAUGGGUAAACAAAGACCAAAUGAAAAAGGUCGAUAACUUGUAACCAGCCAGUAUGUAACUAUUAGUAUCAAACUAUGCAUUGCGGUUCUACCUUUGUACUGAGCAACAGCUGACCAGGAAUCCUGUCAACUCCCAAAGUGCGAGGCGAACAUCGACAACAUGGCUGAACUGAGUUCUUCCGGUAAGUACAAUAGGGGCUUGUAAUUGGAAAAAGUUAAUUAUCUCUUUAAAAGCUAGAACAUCAACAACAACAACAAAAACAACUUUCAUUUAUACCACAAAGAAAUAAGAUAAACAUUAAGAAACUAUAUAUUUAGCGCCUGCUUCUAAACUCUUUCGUGUCACGUGGGUAAACAAAUUACAUCUACAUUAAAUUUUUUUACACCGUCAAAUUCGGUGUUCCGUGGUUUUCCGGUGUUCCGUGGUGUCCCGGUGUUCUGGUGUUCU